UGGGGCGUCACCAUUGUUUAUUGCGUGAGAGAUUUAGCAAAACAUAGAGGAUCGGAUUCCACCGCUUGCGCGUCUCCGUGACAACAAGAGUAUAAAUUACGCGCACGGGGGCGUUUGUGUUUGUGCUUUUGUGUUUGUGUGUCACAGGUGUCGUUGCACUGUUACACUGGUCGGUCAGCCCGGAAGCUAAAAAGGACAACCACUACCAUGCAAUAAGUCCCUUAAAACGCGGCGUUUCAGUCUCCGUCUCUCUCUCUCUCCGACUGUUGGUACAGGAGCUAAUCGGACGGACACUGAGUCCAGCUCAUGAUCGUGUGGUGUUUAAGUUUGUUAUGAGAACUAAAUAGAAGCCUUGGUUGUCUAUGAAGUCAUUUAAAUCAUGGAGAUGGCUGAUGAGAAAACGGACUGCAUUCACUGAUGGGGGAAAAUGUGGAUUCAAGAUGCAGCUGCCGUUUAUGGGAGUUGUGUGUACAGUUAUGUUGUUUGUUGUAUAUCGAAUCACAAAUUAUCAGUAUCAUCACACUGAGAUGGAAGGGAAGUACCGUCAUUUUAACACCAUAAAGGAAUCGCGUUUGGGAUCUAGAUAUUUGGAUGGUUUGCCUCGUGGUAUUAUACAAGCUAGGUCAGAUUUGGAGUUAAGGCCUCUAUGGUCAACAAGUAGUUCACGGUCAAAGAUCAAUGGUUAUAGCAACCGUAACUUGCUGGCGAUGCCAGUUGGUAUUCAGCAAAAGCUAAAUGUUGAUGCUGUUGUGCAAAAGUUUCUUCCAGAGAAUUUUACAAUUAUUCUAUUCCAUUAUGAUGACAAUGUGGAUGGGUGGCGGGACCUCAACUGGAGUAAGAAAGCCACACAUAUAGUUGCUCAGAACCAAACAAAGUGGUGGUUUGCUAAGCGCUUUCUACAUCCGGAUGUUGUGUCCAUUUAUGAUUACAUUUUUCUUUGGGAUGAAGAUUUGGGGGUUGCACAUUUUAACCCAGCAAGGUACCUGAAUAUUGUGAAAACAGAAGGACUGGAGAUAUCUCAGCCAGCUUUGGACCCAAAUUCAACAGAUAUACAUCAUAGAAUUACUAUUCGUGCUCGGACAAAGAGGUUUCAUAGGAGAGUCUAUGACCGUAGAGGCAGUGUGAAGUGUUCAGAUUCCAGUGAGGGGCCACCAUGCACUGGAUUUGUUGAAGGCAUGGCUCCGGUGUUUUCAAGGUCUGCUUGGCAUUGCACCUGGCAUCUUAUACAGAAUGAUCUCGUCCAUGGAUGGGGAAUGGAUAUGAAACUUGGGUAUUGUGCGCAGGGGGACCGCACUAGGAAUGUGGGAGUCAUUGAUAGCGAAUAUGUAGUUCAUAAGGGCAUACAAACUUUGGGUGGGAGUGGACCGCCUUCUAAAAAGACCUCAAAUCAUGAAGAGUUGACAAAGAGACAUGGUCCUUCAGCUUUUGAUGUGCGAACUGAGAUUAGGAGGCAAUCAACAUGGGAGCUUCAAAUCUUCAAAGAGCGUUGGAAUCGAGCGGUCGAGGCCGACAAGAAGUGGGUUGAUCCGUUUAGAAGAGGGAAAAUAUACAGAAAAAGAAGUCGCCAACACUGAGUUCUCUUCACUCCUAACCUAACCAAGAUGCUUGGAUAUGUGUUAGUUGGGCUUCAUCCACAGACACCCACUAUCAUCUAUACUUGAUAGGGUUAUUGAGUUUGUCAUAUUUAUUUCAUUAUUUGAACCACCUCAUAUUUGUUCUAAGAAAAUUUAGAUUUUGCCUUUUGUAUCUAGCUGUAGCUGUCUUAUAUAUAUAUGAACAAUGAGCAUUUUUUGGGGUACCUGAUGGUUCAGGCAGCUUAUUUACAUUUGCUUAAUUGUACAAGUCCUUCAUUUUU